AUGGACUCGUUCCACGACGAAGACUUCAGCUCGUCCGUCGCGUGGGAGACGGGUCCUCCCCACCACCCGACCCCGUCAGACCCGCCCUCGUCCUCGACACAGCAACAGCCCUACUCGGCCUACACCCACGACGCCUCACCAGGUCUCGGUGGGCCCGACCUCGGCCAGGCCGGCUUCGGCGGCGCGCGCUCGGCCGACCCCAACUCGAACGCCAACGACGCAGCACUCGCGGGGCCUUCCACCGGCCAGGCCGUGCACGACGUCCAGGUCCGCGACGGCAAGGUCGAGCUCGAGGGCACCAGCGACACGUUCGUCUCGUACCUCGUCUGCGCCAAGACCGACCUCCCGAGCUAUGGCAGCAAGACGCCGUCCGCACGGCGCCGCUACCACGACUUUGUCUUCCUGCGCGACGCCCUCGUCAAGGACUUUCCCGCCUGUGUCGUGCCGCCCCUGCCCGAGAAGCACCGCAUGGAGUACGUCAUCGGCGACCGGUUCAGCCCCGACUUUAUCGAGCGGCGGCGAGUAGACCUCGAGCGGUUCCUGCAGCGGAUAGGCCGGCAUCCCAAGCUGUCGCGCACGUCCAUCUACCAGGCCUUUCUCGAGUCGAGCGAGUGGAACGUCUACAAGCACAAGCAUCAUGCGCGCACGACCUCGACCGACGAUGCGCCGUCCGGCGUCCUCGACUCGCUGUCCGACACGCUCCUCAACGCGUUCGCCAAGCUCAAGAAGCCCGACGAGCGCUUUGUCGUCAACGUACUAAGCUCUCAUGUUUCACGUACUAAGCUCUCAUCCCUGAGCGGCGACUACGAGGACCUCGCCGUGUCGGUCCAAGGGCUCGGCUACCUCGAGAGCGGCAUCACCGAGCCCCUGAUGCGGUUCGAGCGCGCCCUCGUCGACUUUGGGUCGGGCGUCAAGGACCACAGCGCGUCGGCGUCCGAGGGCUUCCUCGAGCACGUCCACUCGCUCCUCGCCUACUCGCACGCGUUCAAGGGCGUCCUCAAGCUGCGCGACCAGAAGCAGCUCGACUUUGAGGAGCUGAGCGCCUACUUGAGCAACGUCGCGACCGAGCGCGACCGCCUCGCCGGCGGGUACGGCUACGGCAUGGGCCUCGGCAGCUACUUCAAGGAGAAGGUCGAGAGCCUCAGAGGCGGCGAGACCGACAUGAGCAGGGCCGCGAGGCUGCACCGGCUCGACGCCAAGAUCAAGGAGCUCCAGGACGCCGUUCUCCACGCGCAAGAGACGUCGUCGGCGUUCAACGACGAGGUCAUGGCCGAGCACGCCACGUUCCGCGCGUCGAAGCGGCACGAGAUGAAGCUCCUCCUCGGCGCAUUCGCCGACGGCCAGAUCCGCAUGCACAAGCAGAGCAUCGCCUCGUGGGACAGGACUAUCCCUCCUCUGCAGCGCAUCUACGUCGAGUCGUGACCUGUCGUGCCCUCACUCUCGCUCUCUCGUCCCUCUCUGUCAGCCCAGUCCUUGUAACGAUUAGCAGCGUUCGCAUUUCGCC